CAAAUAUUAGAGGAGAAGCUUAGGCAGGGAAGGCCUGAGGAGAGGGACAAGCUUAGGUAACAAGAGUUCAGACACCUGCCUGACCUAGGGACCGUGAGGAGGCACCUGAGUUUCUAAGGGGGUUAGGAGUUAAGUGAAGGCCUGGACAACUGUGUCCUCCAGAAGGCAAAGACAGAGGUUUCAGGAUGACGCGUCACGGGAAGAACUGCACUGCAGGCGCCGUGUACACAUAUCACGAGAAGAAAAAAGACACCGCGGCCUCGGGCUAUGGAACGCAGAACGUUCGGCUGAGUCGGGAUGCCGUCAAGGACUUUGACUGCUGCUGUCUCUCCCUGCAGCCCUGCCACGACCCCGUGGUCACUCCUGACGGCUUCCUAUAUGAGCGCGAAGCAAUCCUGGAGUAUAUCCUCCACCAGAAGCGCGAGAUUGCCCGGCAAAGGAAGGCGUACGAAAAGCAGCGAGGCGCCCAGCAGGAGGAGCGGCGGGAGCUGAGCCGGGCCGCUGCCCAGGACCAGCUUCGGGGCUUCCUGGAGAAGGAGGCGGCUAUUGUCAGCCGGCCCCUCAAUCCUUUCACCCCUCGAGCAGGCACCAGCCCGGGGGAUCCCCAGCCAGGCGCCGACUCAGCCUCUGAGGCCGGGGAAAAGGAGAAGGCAAAGGAGCUCCCCAGUUUUUGGAUCCCGUCGCUGACCCCUGAAGCCAAGGCCACCAAGCUGGAGAAGCCGCAGUCGCGCAUCGUGACGUGCCCGAUGUCAGGAAAGCCCUUGCGCCUGUCAGACCUCAUCUCCGUGCGCUUCACGCCCGUGGAUGGCUCCGUGGACAGAGUGGGUCUGAUCACUCGGAGCGAACGCUACGUCUGCGCGGUGACUCGGGACAGCCUGAGCAACUCCACGCCCUGCGCCGUGCUGCGGCCUUCGGGCGCUGUGGUGACUGUGGAGUGCGUGGAGCGUUUGAUCCGCAAAGACAUGGUGGAUCCCAUCAGUGGGGAUCCACUCACAGACAAGGACAUCAUUCUGCUACAGAGGGGCGGCACUGGCUUUGCAGGUUCUGGGGUACAACUGGAGGCCAAGAAGUCUCGCCCUGUAAUGCAGGCCUGAAGGGGCCCGGUGGGGGGGGGGGGAUGAGGGGGCUCGUUCUGGAUGGAACCAGUGGAUAAUAAAUGUGUUGGCUUCCGGUUCCCUGGCGCCAGUGUGAGGGGUUGGGCACCCAGGCAUCCCGCUGCCUGCCCACCUCCGGGACCCCCCCAGAAUAGGUCAGACUCCAGGAACUUGAGGCCUCGACUUUUAUUGCAGCCUCUCCCUCCCACCCCUCCUCUGGGGUCAGAACACCCCUCCUCUGGGGGCUUUGAGGCCCAGAGGGAGGUGAUGAGGAAAAUCAGUCCUUCCUGCCGGCUUGGGGCUCAAAUUUUCUGCUGUCUUGCGUUUGGGGGCCCCAGUGCUGAUCCUGAUGCUGCAGGCCAGGCCUUCAGGGGCUCUGGCUUAUGACUGGGAAAUGCUUGCUGAAGCUGGGCCCCGACGUGUACCCAGAAAGGGUCCAGAGAGGAAAUGUAUCCAGGGGA